GGGCAGUGCGCUCCGGGACACGAGCGGGUACGGGUGUGAAUAGAGGCAUCUGAGUGUACUGGACUUUUUGCAUUACUACAACCUGGUGGAAACUGUUAACCGAUGAGCCGCGGGUGACCGCUAUAUCGGUGAUCGUCGUUGACCAUGUCGGGCCGGCGCGGCGGGGAGGGGUCGGUGUUUGUUGCUGGUGACAGCGUGGCGACUCGCUGUGACCGCGGGGAGUAGCCGCGGGGGUGGUCGGUCGGCCCGGGCGGCACCGGUCGCAGACGGUCCCAGUGCGUCUGCCCCGACCGGUCCGACGGCGGACAGCACCUCCAGCGCUGGCGGCCCGGCGGCCGGCAAGCCAUGGUUAGAGGGCGUCUUUAGACAACUCGACCGCCGUCAGUAAGGCGCCCGAAAAUGGACUCCAAGGGCUCUAGCAGCCCACUGCUGGACGGUGGCAUUCAGCCCCCAGCCAUAUACCAAGAGCCGACGCCGUUCUACCAGCGUUUCCUGAGGUUCCUAUUCGGACAUGUCGGCCUGUUCUUUCUCGUGGGUGGAGUCGCCGCCCUUGGAGCGUGGGCGUUUAUACAGCUGGAACUGCCGGCCGAGGAGCAGCGGUUCGCCCUGAAAAAGGUGCGGGCCGCCGACGUAGAGGAUGCCUACAACUACAUGAGCUCCCUGUUCUGGCACUACCAGGGCAAGAACAUGACGUUUGUCCAGUGGGACCGUAAGGUAAAAGACAACCUUAAAACCAUGGAGACCUUUAUCAUAAACGCCGUGGAGGCCUACAACUACGACGGCACGGUGAACGACUGGAACUACGACUGGACGUUCCCCAAGUCGCUGCUGUUCACCAUCACCAUCAUGACGACGAUCGGCUACGGCCACAUCUCGCCGGUGACGUUCGCCGGACAGAUGUUCACCAUCUGCUACGCCAUGAUCGGCACGCCGCUGCUGCUCGUCUACCUGGCCAACGUGGGCGACACGAUGGCCAGCGCCUUCACGCUGACCUACAGUCGCGUCUGCUGCCGAUGGUGCCGCAGUCGCCGGUACCACUCAGAGGCCGGCUUCGGCAAGAAGGUCAAACGACUGGCCAACGACAAAGUCGGCUCAGAGUCCUACAUGCCCACCAACGAGGUGAUGGUGCCAAUCACAAUCAACAUGGUGCUGAUUGUGUUCUACCUGAUGAUGGGCGCCGUCAUCUUCUCCAACUGGGAGGGCUGGGACAUCGGCAGCUCGUGCUACUUCAGCUUCGUCACCCUGUCCACCAUCGGAUUCGGAGAUAUGGUGCCCGGAAACAGCUUCCUCGACUACAAAGAUGGUGCAAGUGCAGCGUUCAAGAUGAUGGUCACCAUUCUCUACUGCAUCUUCGGUAUGGCGCUCAUCAGUAUGUGCAUCCAGAUGAUGCAGGACCAGAUUGUCGCCAAGGUGCACUGGUUCGCCGCCGAGGUAGGCAUCAUCGAGUCGCAAAAGAAGACCGACUCGCGCAUCAAGUACAAGCGCUCUCGGGACCCCAGCAUCCCCGAGACGUCGCUGGCCGACGACGGCGCCCCGGCCGGCGGCGAGAAGCGGCGCAAGAAGAAGAAGCGGCGCGAUCAGGACCGAGAGGAGAGCAAGAAGCGCCGGGAGGAGGCGGAAGAGUCGCCGCCUGCUGCGGAGGCGGCGCCUCGACCGGUGUCCGCGCGGGUCAUCAACUCACGGCCGGCCUCCGCCGCCGGACCGCCGCCGGUCGAACAGCCCGAGAGAGUCGCCGCCACCGACCGGCUCAUUGACGAGGAAAUGGGCGUGGCGUAACGAGGGACCGCCCACCGCGUCCGCCGAACGACUGAGAAUGGAUAACGACCCGACGAGAACCAGGACUCCGAACAGGAUCUGCGAACGAGUGUCUCGCACGCGCUUCGACAUUGUGUUACGCACGGGAGAGAGAAUGUCCAGCGAUUGUUCUAUUGUACCGAAGCAGAGGCAUACCAACUGGAUGGUUCUACUUCAUGUUGGUGUUAAAUGAGUGACAAAGAGUUGAUUGUAGAUUACAUGUGUUGAUGUGUUGCUGUCGCUUGAGCCUGUUGCUGGCUCGCAGUAGGCCUGACUCAUCUUCUGAAGUCAGGCCGACUGCGACCCAUCUUCAGACUACCAAAUGUGCGGCAUUGGAGGACCCAGCGCGCCGGGCCACCGACCGAAGGGACUGGGGACCCUGGUGAUCGUACACGUGCCAAAGAGGGCGCGGGAGACCCGCACCGGUCCCUUCCUCUCCGACCGGCCGCGGGUGCUCCCGUGGCCCCGCGGUCCAGCCGCCGGCUCCCCCAAGCUCGCUGUGUGACCUGACAUGUGAUAACCGCCAUACCGGACUGAUUGUCGGUGGCGUGAAUAAAAGCCGAACAAAGAGAA